AUGGCGACCGCAACCGUGGAUAGGGAGGGAGAUGGAGAGCAGCAGAAGAGAUGGAAGCAGGGAGGGUACAACACCCUGCCAUUCAUCAUGGCGAACGAGAUCUGCGACCGGUUCGCCACGGCCGGCUUCAACGCGAACCUCAUCUCCUACCUGACGCAGCAGCUGAACAUGACGCUGGUGGACGCGUCCAACACGCUCACCAACUUCGGCGGCACCACCAGCCUCACCGUCGUCCUCGGCGCCUUCUUCACCGACUCCUACAUCAGCCGCUUCUGGAUCAUCGUCGCGGGCUCCGUCUUCUACCAGCUCGGCAUGCUCGGCCUCGUCCUGUCCGCCGUCGUCCCUUCGCUACGCCCCCCGCCGUGCGCCGCCGCCGACGCGUGCCGGCGCCCCUCCGGGGGCCAGCUCGCCGUGGUGUAUGUUGGAGCUGCCCAGGAUCAACCGUUCACGAGGCUCGCGCAGGUCCUCGCCGCCGCGUUCAGGAAGCGCAACGCCGCCGUGCCGGAGGACACCGGCUUGCUGUACCAGGACAAGGAGCUCGAUGCCCUCAUCUCCACCAAAGGCAGGCUCCUGCAUACUGACAAGCUCAGAUUCUUGGACCGGGCCGCGAUCGUGACGCCGGCGGCCGGGCGGCCGAAGCUGUGGCGUCUGUCGACGGUGCACCGCGUGGAGGAGCUCAAGUCCCUCGCCAACCUGCUGCCCAUCUGGUCGGCCGGCAUCGUCCUCGCCACCGCCGGCUCGCACAACGGCUCCUUCACCAUCAUGCAGGCGCGCACCAUGGAGCGCCACGUCACCCGGAGCCUGGAGAUCCCGCCGGCGACGCUGUCCAUCUUCACGACGGGGGCCACGCUCGUGAGCAUCAUCCUCUACGACCGCGCCUUCGUGCCCCUGGCGCGGCGCGCCACGGGCCUGCCAUCCGGAAUCACCUACUUCCAGCGCAUGGGCAUCGGGCUGGCCGUCGCCGCCGCCGCGCUCGUCGAGGCCAGGCGCCGCGCCGCGGCGGCCGAGCACGGGCUCCUGGACAGCCCCAAGGCCGUCGUCCCGAUGAGCGUCUUCUGGCUGGUGCCGCAGUACGCCAUCCACGGCGUCGCCGACGCCUUCGCGUCGGUGGGGCAGAUGGAGUUCCUGUACGACCAGUCGCCGGAGAGCAUGCGCAGCACGGCCGUCGCGCUCUUCUGGCUCUGCGGCUCCUUCGGGAGCUACCUGAGCACGGCGCUCGUCGCGGCGGUGCAGCGCGCCACGCGGGGCCGCGGGGACUGGCUCCAGGACAACAUCAACCGGGGCAGGAUCGACAACUACUACUGGCUCGUCACCCUCGUCAUGGUGCUCAACCUGGGACACUACCUCUGCUGCUUCUACUUCUACACAUUGAAGCCACUGGAGGUGGCUGAGGAACGUGGCCAUCGCGACGAGGAGCCCGGCGACCUCCCUUCUCCACAGAAAAAUGGCGACGGGAUGGCAUAA